GAGGAAGUACGCGGGCAGAAAGGUUGCAUAGUUGUUGCAUGCUGUGCGAAGCUCCUGAUAUUGAGGAGGAAGUGCAGUGCAGUGCCUGUGCAUCUCUUACUGAGCCAUACAGAUGUGUCGGCGCACUGGAUCAUGCGCUUAACCUGAAGAUGCCUCCUAAAAGAGUGUUUCCCAGGCAGGAGUCCCUCCUGCUCCCUGCCGUCAUCAAUCCCUUCCGCCUGGACUUUAAACUGACCAAACGCGACAAAAUCAAAUGUUUUCUUCUGGGAAUCAUCCUCGUGCCACUGCGCUCUGUCUUCCUCUUCCUGGUUCUUAUGGUAGCAUGGCUUGUUUCUACCCUAAUCACAUUCAACCGUCCUCUCAAAGGAGAGCUGGAACCUUUCACAGGCUGGAGGAGCUUUAUGUGUCAUAGAGUGAUGGUGGUUCUGGGCCGGCUGUGUUUCUUUAUGAUGGGCUUUCGCGUCAUAGUCAAGGGGAAACAGGUAACCAGCACCGAGGCUCCGAUUCUUGCUGUGGCUCCUCAUUCUUCGUUCUUUGACUCUAUCACCUGCAUUGUGUCAGGCAUGCCAUCUGUUGUAUCCCGCACUGAGAAUCUACUUCCUCCCAUGUUCGGCCGAUUUCUGCGCUGCCUGCAGCCUGUCGUCGUCUCAAGGGAAGACCCAGACUCACGCAAAAACACAAUCACGGACAUCAACAACCGGGCCAGAUCUGAAGGCCGCUGGCCACAGUUGCUGAUUUUCCCAGAAGGAACAUGCACAAACAGAUCCUGUCUCAUUACUUUCAAACAAGGUGCUUUCUUACCAGGGGUCCCUGUUCAGCCAGUGCUUAUCAGAUACCCCAAUAAACUGGACACAGUAACAUGGACAUGGCAAGGCCCUUCAUUUCGGACCCUGGUUCUCUUCACCCUGUGUCAGCUCUAUACAACGGUGGAAAUUGAGUUCCUUCCUCCAUAUAUUCCCAAUGAAGAAGAGAAAAAUAACCCCAUAAAAUUUGCACAGUCUCUGAGGAGUCAAAUGGCAGCGGCUCUGGGCGUGCCCAUAACUGAUCAUACUUUUGAGGACUGUCGGCUGAUGAUCUCAGCAGGGCAGCUGACUCUGCCCAUGGAGGCGGGGCUAGUGGAGUUCACCAAGAUUAGCAGAAAGCUUAAUCUGAAAUGGAACAACAUGCAGAAGGAGCUGGAGAAUUUUGCUGCCAUCGCCCAGUCGUGCAAAGGAGGUCGAAUCAGGAUCGAGGAGUUCGCUAGUUUUCUCAAACUGCCCAUCAGCCCUGUGCUUCAGGAGCUCUUUGCUCUUUUUGACAGGGACGGGGAUGGCACCAUUGAUUUUAGAGAAUAUGUCAUCGGUAUGACAGUGUUGUGUCGACCAGCGAACACAGAUGAAGUGAUCCAGACAGCAUUUAAGCUUUUUGAUGUAGAUGAGGACAAGAGCAUAACUCGAGAUGAGUUUGCUAGCCUGCUGCGCUCCACUCUCGGUGUCUGCGAUCUCGAUGUCACUAAACUCUUCAAUGAAAUCGAUAUCGAUGGUUCAGGUCAUAUCACAUAUGAUGAGUUUCUCUCCUUUGCUUACACACACCCCGAGUACGCUAAACUCUUCACAACAUACAUUGAGCUCCAGCGCUACCAGUGCCUCCUGGGAGAAGGACCAAUCUCGCACCUCACUUCCUCAUCUACGAUUCCCCCCACUGAGCAGCAGGAAGAGUGUAAUUUGGACAAAAAAGAUGACUAAGUGCCUUAUAUCAAGAGUAAAGCCAUAUCAAUUACAUUGUGAGGCAAACAGAAAAGCAGAUUUCUGCUGCUUUUUUCCUUGAUUUGAAACACAGCUAUUGCUCUGGGUAAAAUCCUGUGACUCUCAUAUGCCUCAGCAGCAUCCAGAGCAAAUACAAUGGAUUUGCAAUAAAUCAUUAAAUAUAUGCACAUUUCCCCCCAGUUUUAGAUGAUGUUACUACCUGCUUAAAUUUUAUUAAAUGCAUGCAAAGACUGAUGUGUUACUGCAUUUUGCCACUGUGAUUAUAACACUGUGACUUUUCGUGAUCCAGAGAUGCACAACUAUUUCUUAUUACACAAAGAAAACAAUAAUACUACAAAGUUUGCAACUUAAAAAAAUGUCCUUUGAACACUGCAAAGCCAGCUAAUGCAUGAUCAUUGUUUAAGUUUACAGUCAAGUGCAAAUGUCUGCAUACCCAUAGGGCAAAAUGAAGACAUUGUAUCCACAGUAACAAGACAUUUAGUUUGUUAUGUUUCACAGGUAACAAAAAUGGUCAGUUGAUGUAGUUGAAUAUAUUAACAGCGAAUAAUAUUAAAUUAGUAUUAUUUCAAUGUGAUAUAGUUUUUUUUUACUCGUAUGCUCACCCUUUGCAGCUAUACAAGUCUCCAACCUCUUAUUAUUAUCUGUUCUAACUCCUCCUUUUGGACUCAGUUAUAAAGAUUAACCCAUGAAACUCCAAGGACCUGUCAGUGGGUUCAGACCUACAUUCCUUACUCUUGUAACUACACACAUUUCCUAUAAGUUUCACUGCAGUUAUGAAUAAUUCAUUGAUACUAAAUAAUAUGCAUUAAAGUGAAUAACUGAGAAAUUAACUAUGUUUUUGAAGGUUAAACUGCAAUUGACAGCAAUUUUUAUCACUGAAUGAUGAGUCCUUUUUGAAAAGAGCCAGCAGUUAGUUGAGCUCUGGCCCGAGAGUGUAUCAAAAUCCCCAUGUGUUCUACCUGAUGCCUGUUUUUCCCUACGUCCCUCUCUCUUUCUCACUGCUUAGGGGCCUUGGUGUGGAAACAUUGUAUUUGCAUUCAUAUUAAAGAGUUAACAUUCUCCAUUCUCUCUUAAUCUCAUCCCCAGUGGUUAAAAAUAGGCCAGUUUAUAAGAUUGUGACUGUUACUGGUUACAGACUGUCUUUUUUUAAGCACUCUGCUUAUUUUACAAUAAAACUACAUCAAUUUUAAA